AUGUUUACGUUCAUGGAUGCAGCCAGAGUGAAACCUGCUCUUUCCACCAACCCACCGAGUGAAGUUGAUCGGCUAAGCAGUUUGCCAGAUUGCUUGAUAUUUCAGAUAUUCUUAAAUCUUCCGACCAAAGAUGUGGUUCAGACUAGUGCGUUGUCAACCAGAUGGACAACUCUCUGGAAAGACGUACAUGGUCUGGAUUUGGACACCGAGGAUUUCAAUACACACGAAACAUUCGUGAGUUUUGUCGAUAACUUUCUUGAACGCAACCGUGGUUCGUCCAUACAUCUGUUUAAGGUAACGUACGAUUCUUCUUAUAAGCCUGAUAUUGUCAAUCGCUGGGUCGACACUGCUGUUAGGCUUAAAGUUGAACAUCUCGAUGUUUCGGACGAUUUACCUGCUCAGGAUAUCAUGAUGAAUCCAACAGUUUACACUUGUAGUAGCUUGGUGUCCCUAAGGAUCGUGGGAUUGAUCAUACCUAGUCUUGAGCGAUAUAUUAGUGAAAAUUAUUAA